GGCAGAGGGAAGCGUGAGCAACACUGUAACCUGUGCUGCUGCUGCUGAUAACACAGCUUGUGCUGUCUCUGGUUUAGGGCUACGAGAGAGGGGCUGCCUCACGCCGCCUGCCUGCCCGUCUUCUCCGAGACCUUGCCAAGAAGCUGCCCCAUCUCAAUCUCGAGACCCCCUCCCCUCUGCCCUUGUCGCGGUUCAUCUAAAUUCCUGGACGGUAUAUGGAUAGAAGUUCUCUGUUUCAGCUCAUACAAGAGCAGCUCGACCCAGAGAACACCGGAUUCAUCGCAGUGGAGAACAUUAGCAGCCUGCUGGAGCAAAAUGAGCUGCAGCUGGACCCGUCCAAACUGGAGAUGCUGUUUGCGCUGGUGCAGAGCAACGAGGAAGGCCAGGUGUGCUACCAGGAGCUCCUCGAGCUGAUGAGCAGUAAGCGCUCCAGCAGUUUCCGCAGGGCGAUCGCCAACGGGCAGCGCUCGCUGCAGAGAGAGAUCCUAUUGGACGAGACGGGGCUGGGGCUCUACAAGCGCUUCGUGCGCUACGUGGCGUACGAGAUCCUGCCGUGCGAGACGGACCGCCGCUGGUACUUCCACCAGAACCGAUUCUGCCCGCCCCCCAUCUUCAUGGCGAUCAUCACGGUCAUACAGAUUCUUAUAUUCCUCUGCUAUGGCGCAAUGCUUAAUAAGUGGGUCCUGCAAACCUACCAGCUGGACUUCAUGAAGAGCCCCCUGGUGUAUCACCCAGGGCACCGGGCGCAGGUCUGGAGGUUCUUCACAUACAUGUUCAUGCAUGUCGGGCUGGAGCAGCUGGGGUUCAACGCCCUCCUGCAGCUGAUGAUAGGAGUGCCUCUCGAGAUGGUCCACGGCAUCCUCCGCAUCAGCCUCCUGUACAUGGCAGGGGUGCUGGCAGGCUCCCUGACGGUCUCCAUCACUGACAUGAGAGCCCCCGUGGUGGGGGGGUCCGGCGGGGUCUACGCGCUCUGCUCAGCUCAUCUCGCCAACGUCGUCAUGAACUGGGCUGGGAUGCGCUGUCCUUACAAACUGCUCAGGAUGAUCCUGGCUCUCGUCUGCAUGAGCUCCGAGGUGGGGCGGGCAGUGUGGCUGCGGUUCUCUCCCCCGCUCCCCUCCUCGGGCCCCCAGCCCAGCUUCAUGGCCCACCUGUCAGGGGCGGUGGUGGGGAUCAGCAUGGGGCUUCUGAUCCUGCGCAGCUACGAGGAGAGCCUGCAGCGCCAGUGCUCCUGGUGGGUCAUCCUGCUCUCCUUCGCCACCUUCUUCGUCUUCGCCAUCUUCUGGAACAUCUUUGCCUACGACCUGCUCGGGGUGCAGAUCCCGCCCCCUCCCUAGGGGGACACGCCCCUUGGAUUAAACCCCGCCCCUUUAAAACCUCGUCCACUGAAUAAUUUGAGUGAAGCACUGCCCUGUCUGGCUUUAUCCCAUGCUUAGUCAAACCUUUUGGGGAAAAUGUCAAACUUUGUAGCACUUCUUUUUACAUAGAGUGUUGCCAGUUCCAAUGUAGUUAACAUGCACACAGGUACACGGUCCGUGCAAUCUUUCUGAUGGCUGUAUUUGGUUUGGUAAAUGUUCUGAAUGUCAUUGACAAAGACUAAAUUUAAAAAAAAAAAAAAAGUGCUGAAUUUAGGUCGUAUUCAGCUAGAGUCUGAGGAGCUCAACAAACACUUUACCAAACCAUAAGUAUUACCUUUUCGGAAUACACAUAUUGAUAAUACCCAUAGUAUGACGAACACUGUUCUUGGUGCUACGUAAAAAUGAGUGCUGCCGAAAACUUCAAUCCUAAAGAGAAACCUGUCCUCUCAUUUUAAGAAAUUUGUCUCAUUCAAAAAAUGAUUUCCUCUCUCUGGAACCUCCCUCCCUCAAAUGAGAUCCUGGACCUCUUCUCAAAGAUAUUAGAGACACUGGAAUCUUUGCGCUUCGAGGAUUCCACCAUCUUCACACUGCAGGAAAGCCACGCCUCUCUUCAGAAGAACCGCGCCCACACAGGGAAGCUCCACCUCUCCUGUCUGUCUACCUGGUGACUGGAGUGCCAGGGACUUCCCCAGGGAGACAGCAAAGCUGGGCUGGACCUUUAUACACCUACUUCUCUGGGGAGAGGGGUCUGUCAAAUGCUCUAUUUUUACCUCAAUGUCUUGAUUCAUAAGGACAGAAUACUUUUGUACAUGAAUGUAUGUUAGGGUUCAUUUGGUUUUGUUUUUGCUUUUAAAAGAAAAAGGUGCCAUAUUUCAGAUUUUGCCCUUUGAAAAAAAAUCUUUUAAUACUUUUAAUUUAAUACUAGAGCUAUAAGUUUUAUGGAGUAUUUUAUCUUUUCAUGGUUUCUGUUUGUAGAAUGAACCAAGGAGGAGCCAUCAUAUUUCAGCUCUCCAGUAGCCCAUGUUUUCUUGUUUGUUUUGGUAUAUCUUUUUUUUUUGGUUUUUGCUUUCAUUUGUAUUUUUUUUUCAAAGAAAUACUAUUAAUAAAUUCUCUGA